UUGUGUGAGUCAUGCUUUUGCUGUGAGCGACUUGGCAGCUCUAAGCAGGACUGGGAUCUCUGUCAUAGAAAACUAUUACUUCACCCAACCUUAACGUGGAACCAUAAAUUUAUUUAAAAAUUUUUUUGUACUUCCUUAUACUCUUUAUUCUUUUUAAGCCAAAAUUUACUCUCUGUCCUCAUUAUUAUGAAUCGCCUGCUAUGUUAGCACAGGCAUCUCCUGCAUUGGCAUCAGAUUUGCCAGAACAUAUGCAGGAAACCAGAUAGAAGGGCAUGCUUCAGCGUACCAAGUAUAACCGCUUCAGGAAUGAUUCAGUGACAUCAGUUGAUGAUCUUAUUCACAAUUUGUCCAUGAACAGCAAAGUCUCAGCAGUUGCUACGACCUCAACAGCACCUUCAUACCUGGUCUCGCCUGAAGUUCUCCGCAAAGACCAAGAAGAUGGACCCACCACCUUUUGUACCCUCAUCCAUAAGGUGUCCCACUUGAAACUCUCCAACACAGGCAGCCUUUUGGGUAUCAAAAAUCUCUCCUCUGCAGUGAAGGAGCUUGCUGUCUCCAAAUUGCAGGGAAGCUCGAGUGCUUCUAGCUCAGCAGCAGGGGCUUCAGAAAACACAUGUAACCUUGUCUCUGCCACUCCGUGUUCUCAGCAGGACAUGAGCAAGAUGAGUACAGGAAAAAAAACACGGUCAGAGGAAAUGCACCUGGGAGGUGAAGACUGGAAUCAAAGUAGCAGCUUUGUCAAUAAACCCUCCCGAGGGUGGCUGCACUCAAAUGAGAAGAUCCUGGGACCUGGUGUGACGUACAUUGUGAAGUACUUGGGUUGUAUAGAGGUCUUACGCUCAAUGAGAUCUCUUGACUUCAAUACAAGAACACAGAUUACAAGGGAAGCAAUCAGCCGUGUUUGUGAAGCAGUACCUGGAGCCAAAGCAGCCUUCAAAAAAAGAAAGCCACCAAGCAAAGUUCUCUCUAGCGUCUUGGGAAAGAGCAAUCUUCAGUUUGCAGGAAUGAACAUAACUCUGAAUAUAUCCACCACCAGCUUAAAUCUAAUGACUCCUGAUUCAAAACAGAUCAUAGCAAAUCAUCAUAUGCAGUCUAUUUCCUUUGCCUCUGGAGGUGAUCCGGAUACAACAGACUAUGUUGCAUAUGUAGCUAAGGACCCUGUUAAUCGCAGAGCGUGCCAUAUACUGGAAUGCUGUGAUGACCUGGCCCAGGAUAUUAUCAGCACCAUAGGGCAAGCAUUUGAACUUCGAUUUAAGCAAUAUUUACGGUGUCCCUCUAAGAUACCUGCUCUCCAUGAUAGGAUGCAGAGUUUUGAUGAACCUUGGAUGGAGGAAAAUGGAGAGCCAGCAGAACAUCCCUAUUACAACAGCAUUCCUAAUAAAAUGCCUCCUACUGGUGGCUUUAUUGAUGCUAGAUUCAAAACUAGGAUCCCAAAUGCCGCAGAUACUGCUCAGUCUGCAGCAGCAGCAGGAAGAGAACAAACAUACUACCAGAGUCGACACUUCGGAGACAAAUUCAGUGAAGACUGGCAGCAUGCUCCUGUUAAACAAGGGUCCUUGGACAUUUACAGCGUGCCAGAAGGGAAGCUUCAGGUAACCCCAACAGGAGAGGUGCCAGCUUAUGUGAACACCCAACAUAUAAACAUGGAAGCUCUACUUGCACUUCAGGCAGAUGCUGAAAGUGCAUUCAGUGGAACAAAAGAGUGUACCAAAGACAGCAGUCCAAGAAAAGAUCUGUUUGAUAUGAAACCUUUUGAAGAUGCUCUCAAGAACCAGGCCACUGGGCCUGCGCUGAAUAAGGCUUCCUCGGUCGAGUAUACCAGUCCUCCAUUACCCAGAGCAGCUAACUGCACUAUAAUGAACGAGCUGAAUACAGAGCCUUGGUAUCAAGGAGAGAUGAGUAGGAAAGAGGCAGAACAGCUGUUAAAGAAAUGUGGAGACUUCCUGGUCAGGAAAAGCACCACAAAUCCAGGCUCCUAUGUGCUGACUGGUAUGCACAAUAGACAAGCCAAACAUCUUCUUUUAGUGGAUCCGGAAGGAACUGUUCGUACAAAGGAUCGUGUAUUUGACAGCAUAAGCCAUCUCAUCAACCAUCAUCUUGAGAACAAUUUGCCAAUAGUUUCCACUGGAAGUGAACUCUGCCUCCAGCAGCCAGUUGAGAGGAAACAGUGACCCAUGGUGACAUGUUCAGCAUUUGUAAGCUAUAACCACUGCAGUGGACACUGCAAACCUGGAAACAUGUACAUUAAAAAAUACACACAUAUAUCUAUCACCAAUAUGUUUUCUUGAGCUUUAAAAAGCCCCAUCCCGUACAGUACCACUUGACAUUUCUUACUGCUCUAUGCAGACAUGAAGUAUGAUUAAAAACACAGAUAGAUUUCUUAAAAUGUAAUUUCAAUAAAAUUAUUCUGAAUCUUUAAUGUGAAUAUUGACAGUGUACAUACACACAUUAUACAUAAAUAUAGUAAUAUAUUUAUAUUUUUCAAGUCUGUCUGUUGAAGGUAUGGAACUAAUGUUCUGUGCCAUGUGUUUUUAACUGAAAAAGAUGCCCAUUGUGAUUGUUCAGAUAAAAAUAGAAGUCAACAGUCUCAUUUCCUUGAGAAUACAAUAUUAGAAGUCUUAUUUGUAAUUUUAUCUAAUAAGCACAAUUAUGGUGAGAACACAGGCGGAUUACAUUGGUUAAAUACCAGUCGAGGGGAUUAAAUUCAGUAGCUCGUAUUCUAACAUGGAAAUUUAGCUUGAAACAAUUUUUAAAAGCAUUAUUCAGUGUCACUGAGUUCAAAAGCAUUUUCUCUUUUUGAUGUCCAGUUUGAAUUCUUAUAUGAUGCUACUCAAGAUAUGUGUAACUUGCUUUGACAAUGACUUGGUGUGAUCUCUCUGUGUACAAGGUGUAUGCAUUUGAUUUUUCUAACAAUAAUAUAAUUGAACUAAUAUUCUGCAGCUUUGAUUUAUUAAAUUCAAUACUAAGAUUAUUUACAAAUAGUUCACUUCUUGUGCUAAAGAAUUAAUUUUUUUUGACUGCCAGUCACCAAUGAGAUGUCAUACAUUGAUUAAGAGGGUUCAAACUGCUUGUUUUUUAAAUAUAUUUGGUGCAAGAUGCUUGUGGUUGGUCAAAAAGACACACAAAAAAGUUUUUUUUCCUCAUAGAACAAUGACAAAAAUGAAUACCUAGAAUGUUAGUCCAUUUAAAUGAUCUAACUUUGAUUCACUUAGUUUUUAUGUGCCUCUCCCUAAAGUACAGCUUCAAGUUAACCUUCAGCAAGUGAUUGUUUUUAUAAAUGUAUUGGUUGUCUCUAAUUAGCAGUGUGGAAAAAAUAUAUAUAUAUUAGAGUUGCUUUUUUGGCAGAUAUUUCAUUAACAUUUGGUAUUGGGAAGUGUACAUUGAAAAGUGCAUUCUGACACACACACACACACACACACACACACUUCAUUAAUUUGCCUUUCUUUUGGAAUGGACUUUGUCUUUCAGUUAUACAUAUCUAACUGAGGGCCAAAUUCAGCUCUCUGUUUAACUGAUGCAACUCCCAUAGACUUCAGUGAAGGUUGCACCAUUGUAACUGAGAGCAAAAUUUAAACUUCAGUAUUUCUAAGUCAGAAAUUUAAACCAAGUUUCAGGAUUUGAUUAAUAAAGGCCCUGAUUAAGGAAGGUACUUACACUCAUGUCUACCCUCAAGUAUGUUAGUUCAACUGAAGUCAAUAGACCUGUCAUGUCCUUAAAGUUAGACAUGUGCCUAAGUAUUUUGCUGAAAUGGGGCCAAGUUGACUUCAGGAUUUGCUUUAGAAUCCAUUCCUAGGAUGACAGUUUUAAAACUCACAAAUAAUGUCCUCCUUGUGCCAUGGACUACGCAAAGGUCAUUACUUUGCAAGUUUGUUUAAGAUUAAUCUCUAAUUUCAAAAAGGAAUCCCACAGCUGGUCUAGAGCUCACUACCUGAAAAGAGCUAUCAGAGGAAGAAUUGACUUUCAAAGAUUUUUGAGAAUUUAAAAUUACAUUUUCACCUCUAAUCUCUCCAUCUCAGCAUGUUUCACUUCCCAAUGCAUUGCCAUGGGACCAGCCCACAGCUAGCCCCUAUCACCCUGUCUACCCAGUCCCAUGAAACUUCCCAGCCUAUGUUUAUCCCUUCCUGGAACUCCUUUAGCCAUUCAAGACUCACCCUAGCUGGCAUCGCACACUAAAUCACUCAUCUGGCUUCUCUCUUGGAUCCCCACUAACCACUCCCUGACACAUCUUUACAUCUAGGCCGCAGAGGCUGAUUAUCACCACCACUUCCCCAUGCAGCAGUUGGACCUUCUCCCCAUCAGACCACACCCAAAUCUUCUUUCUCCCCCUCCCUCCCCCGUUCCCUAUAUGUGGGGGGAAGUAGAUCUUCUUUAUGCCUCCUAGUAGGCAGGGAAUUAUGGCUGCAUCCUUCCCUUUUCCUCCUUGCUGUGAUGAUACAGCUGUUUGCUUCAGUUCCCAUCUCCUCUGCACAGAACAGUAGGUUUGGCUAGGAGCAGAGAGCACAGGAAAGGAGUCAGAUGGAUUAUAACAGUCGCCCAGGGCAUGGAUGGAGAUCUUCAGAUUAGGUCUGCCCUAUUCGAUGCUGGAAUACAGAAGGCUGAAAUAUGGAGAUACUUAAGUGUUAUAUCCUUGGGGGCAACAGUUUUAGGAAGAAAUCACUGGAGACACAGAGAGCUGUAAAUCUUGGAGCAGCCAUUUAUUGCUACACACACAACUAACCAACAGCCAGCCCAACUGGCUGGGCUAUCCCCUAAUAAUCUAACUCCAUUGCCACUGUAAUACAAGAUUCUAUUACCACGACAACCAAAUACACAACAUAUUCCCCCCCCCUUAAUAAGAAUGUCCCCAAAAUAAAACAAACACUAACUGCCUCCAUUCCCGGCUAAACCCCGGGGAUUAUUUUGCCCUGUAACCGUGGGUUCACCCUAGCUAAAGAUCCAGCCGACGAGGAGGCCUUCUGUCUCUAGGUGGAUUAUGGCGGACUUCUGGUGUUGUUGCACCCAAAACCGUCUUGGGCGCGGGCCUGACAAUGGGCUCAGGGUUCGUAGGGCGAAGGGGUGAGGAUGGGGUAUCAGCUCAUGCCGGGCAGAGGGGUAUCUCUGCCGCUGGCAGUAAUGGGGGGGAAAGUCAGGAACAGGUGACUCUUGAUUCAGUGUCUCGCCGGAGGUGGUGAAGUCAGGCAACUCAACUGAAGAUGAGUCCUGAGGACUGGUAUGACCUGGCAGCAGCUGAUCUACAUGUCGCCGACAGGUGAGAUCCUCUGCAGUCCGGAUUGUGUAGGAAACAGGUUCCAUUUGAGCGAUGACAGAGGCAGGGACCCAUUUAGCUACAGAAGUAUAAUUCCAAGCCAAAACCAGCUGUCCUGGGCUAAAAGUUCGGUCUUUCGCUCUGGGUGCACGCCUGAUGAUUUGAUCUUGCUGCUGAUGUUGCACAAUUUGUCAGGUUUCAGCAGAUCAAAGCAAGUGUACAGCUGUCAUCCCAUCAUUAGAAAGGCCGGGGAUGCCUUGGUCAUAGCAUGAGGUGUGUUUCUGUAGGAUAGUAAGAAGGUGUCCAGACACUUUUGAAUGGAUAAUUGUCCCCUUGCCGAUUUCAAAGCUUGUUUCAUUGUCUGCACAAAUCUUUCAGCUAAUCCAUUGGUGGAUGGAUAAUAUGGUGCUGAAGUGAUGUGGUGUAUCCCAUUUGCCUUCAUAAACUUUUGAAACUCCUGAGAGAUGAACUGCGGUCCGUUGUCACUCACAAGUUGUUCUGGCAGACCGAAACAACUAAAGAGUCCUCGUGGUUUUUGGAUAGUACUCUCUGCAGUAGUGGACUGCAUUAUAGAGACUUCUGGCCAUUUUGAAUGGGCAUCUACCACCACUAAGAACAUGCUUCCUUCAAGGGGGCCAGCGAAGUCAACGUGAAUAUGUUGCCACGGGUUUUCAGGCCAUAAGGGGAUGCAUUGCAGGCCAACUGUAGGGGUAAAGAUGGAUCAAAGUGCGUCAGAA